AUGCUCACAAUUCGCAACGAAGGACCCUUCUUAGUAUAAGAAUUAGAUGUCUCAUUGGACGAAGACAAUGCUGUAGUCAUAGAUGAAUCAGAUCUUGAGAUCUUAAUACCAGCAGAGUAAAUGCCGAAAAAAAGAAAACAAAAAGUGAGUAAAGCAAACAAAAAAGAAUAGAAUAAAGUGUAAUCAAUCAAAAAAUCAGAUGCUACCUCAAUGUCGAAUAAGAAAGAAAAGAAACAAUAGAAAUUAAACAAUAUCCAUUGUAAAAAUAAGCUCUUCAAAGACAUAAAUAUGCCAUGUUCAUAAAUCAUCCAAAAAAAUGAUCUCAACAAUUGUCCUCUAAAAUUUUGCACGAAUUAAGAAAAAGUCUCCAAUGAGUCAAAGGCAUUCUAAUCCAUGAUGGAAAAUGUGCAAAAAUACAAAGAAUAAGUUUCUUGGUCAAACAAAAAGGAUCAUAUCUAGAUUCCUGAUAAAUUAUUAAUAGAUGAAAUCCAAGACAUUCAAUUAUUCGUUCCCAAAAUUAAAGGAGUAAAUGAUUCUAUUUGCUCUAACACCCUAUAUCUAAAUAAAAUAAAAGACAAAAUCCUUCCUGUCUCCAAUCCAAUAUAGAGUACCUAAAAUAUCAAAUACCCUAAAGCUGUAUCGAGAGAUGCCUACAUAGAAUAUCUAAAAGAUAUCUAGAUGAAAAGAGUUAUCUCUCAAAAUAAAUAAAUACCUUGA